CUUGCAAGCAUAUUCUGUAUCCAAGAUUAUAGUGACCAGUUCGGAGAACUCUACUCAUCCUUCAUCCUUCAUGGAUGAAUUCAUCAACUCAUUUCUCUGUAGGUUCCAGAACUACAUAUUCUCACAGGUUAUAGGAUCUGAUAUUGAACUUGUUAGUUUGGAAAUACUUCAAGGUGUUCAGGACGCAUUGAGUUUGAAGAGAGAGGAAUAUGCCAAUGUUUGGAAUAUUAGAUUUUUUUCUAACGAAGUGAAUCUGAUUAUCAGGUUCUGUGAACUUCUUUGUAUCCCAGAGCUGAGAAAACUAGACCUGGAGAAGGUUCCAAGGGUUUUAAGAACAGAUCUUUUAAUCAACCUUCCUAGGUUGAGUGGAUUAGGUGAGCUGUAUCUAGGAUAUGGAGCAGGAAAUCCAGAACGAAUGGAUAGGUACUAUAGUGAAGGUAUAUCUAAGAUGAGAACUCUGACACAUUUCUCCCUAAAAAGAAACUGUACGGAUAGAAUUAUAGAACUUCUCUCUAAAAGCUGUAAAAUGUAUCUCCAGGUUCUAGAUGUUGAAGGAUCCAGGGAUAUUACAGAUCUCUGCAUUCAGUAUCUAGCAGAGUUUAGAUUAAGAGAACUCAAUGUAUUCAACACUUCCCUAACUAUCAGAGGAUUUGCUGCAGUGUUACAAACCCUGACGAGUUUACGUAUUCUAAACCGUGGUAUUCCACUCUGCGAAGCUUUAGAGUAUCAACAACUUAUAGGAACAUAUUUAGUUUAAGUAUUUGUUACCUCUUUUUCUUUUUAAAAUGUAAUAAAAUCAGAAAUAUUUCUUUAUCGGCUAAACUAUUUACAUACAGAUGAAUCCACUCGGCGGCCAUCUAGAAGAUUGCAUCUAAAAUCAUUUCAGGCGUCGGAGAAAGCACAUUUCCACACAGAUAUUGAGAUGGAUUUACUUUACUCCUUCUGCUCCGAGAUUGAGAAGAUGAUCUUCAAGUUCAACCCUGAUAUAUUCUCAACCUAUCUUAAACUAGCAGUUUUCCAGCAUCUGAAACAUCUAGGUAAACCU